AUGGCCGACGGCAAAAAGGCCCAGCGGCCGCGCGUCUUCUUUGACAUUACGAUCGGCAAGAAGCCGGCGGGCCGGAUCGUGUUUGAGCUCUUCAGCGAUGUGGUGCCCCAGACGGCAGAGAACUUCCGCGCGCUCUGCGCCGGCGACAAGGGCACCACGGCUGCCGGCAAGCCGCUGCACUUCAAGGGCUCCAUCUUCCACCGCGUCAUCAAGCAGUUCAUGGUGCAGGGCGGUGACUUCACGGCGGCCAACGGCACCGGCGGCGCCUCCAUCUACGGCGAGAAGUUCCCCGACGAGAACUUUGACCUCAAGCACGACCGCCCCUUUCUGCUGAGUAUGGCCAAUGCUGGACCUGGAACCAACGGCUCGCAGUUUUUCAUCACCACCAUGGCUACACCGCAUCUGGAUAACAAGCACGUCGUCUUCGGCCAGGUGCUGUCCGGCAAGUCCGUCGUCCGCCAGAUCGAAAACACCCCCACCGAGACUGGCGACAAGCCUGCCCGCGACGUCGUCAUCGCCGACUGUGGCGAGCUGACCGGCGAUGAUGCCGUCCUCGGCGAGGCUCCUCGCCAGCCCAAUGCUCUUGGCGACCCCUACGAGGACUUUCCCGAGGACGAGUCGGAGGGCCCGGCACCGCCCAUCACCGCUGACUCCGCCGCUGGACCUGCUGCUGCCGCUGCUACAGAUCCUCUGGCCGCUAUUACCGGCGCCUCGGGCACGUAUCUCUCGGCCGUGCGCAUCCUCAAGAUCGCCACCGACUGCAAGGGUUUCGGCAACACUGCUUUCAAGAAGGGCGACUGGGCUGCUGCCCUCGACAAGUAUCACAAGGCCCUGCGCUACCUCAACGAGGACCCCGACCUCGACAGCGCCCCUGCCGGCACCAAGGAGGCCUUUGGCCAGCUGCGCAUCAGCGUCAACACCAAUGCCGCCCUCAUGCAGCUGAAGCUGUCCUCCUGGGCUGACGCCCGCGUCUCCGCUACUAGCGCCCUCGAGGUCGCCGGGAUCACCCCUGCCGAGCAGGCCAAGGCCCUCUUCCGCCGUGGCCAGGCCCUACUCAAGCUCAAGGACGAGGACGGCGCCCUGGCCGACCUGUCUGCUGCUCACAAGCUGGCACCCGCCGAUGGUGCCGUGCUCAAGGAGCUGACCGCUGUCAAGGAUGCUGUGCGGCUGCGGCGGGAAAAGGAGAAGAAGCAGUACCAGAAGUUCUUUUCCUAG